AUGUAAUACUUCUAUAUUGGCAGUAUCUACAAGUGCAGUCAGCAAACAUUACAGUACAGAUAUAUAAAAAAAGAAAAAGAAAACCGAGUAAUCGCAUUUAAGAAAUGACACUUGAAUUCAAAAUAAAUCGCAGAGGCGGAACGUUAAAAAAAAAUAAAAAAAAAAUUUUGUGUUUUCAUUAAAUUUUAAGAAUUUUUCAAUAAGUUAAACUGCAAAAAUGUCGCACAGCUGCUUUUUAUGUGAAAAAAGAAGAGAUAAAUUAAAUAAUAUAGCUUUACAUGGGUGCGUUGCAAAAGUUUCUAUCAAAAACAUCUUUAACAGCUUUGUUUUAUACAGAUUUCCAAAAGACGUAACUGUUUGCAAACAAUGGAUGCAGGCAUGCGGCCUGAUGCCCAACGAAGUUGUUAAAAAUGUCCGAAUCUGCAGCAACCAUUUCAAACCAAACGAUUACAAGACAAAGAACAAUGAGGUUGGCAGAAAAUGUUUGAAAAGAAAUGCGAUUCCUUCGAUGCAUGCUACAAUUGCAAGCAUACAAAACGUGCCGGCCACUGAAGGGCGAGAAAGUAAAAGUUCGGACAUUACAGAAACCUCGCCUGUAAACAGAAGGCACUUUGCUGAACCUCGUUUUGUUUCAGAAAUUCGUACUCCUGACGUUUCCACCCCAAAACGUGCCAGCCGCAUUAUAUCGUUCGUUAAACGGUCUUUCGAUAAGAAAAUUAAAAUAAUCAAAACGCUUCGUAACAAAAAAAAAUUAUUUAAAAAAACGAGUUACUUGUCUGGGAGAAUUGCUUGGACAUUUGCGAGAAAAAAACUUAAUAGAUGCGGAAACGGAAGAAAUGAUGGAUUUAAUUCCCGAAAAUGUAAAAGCGAUGGUGGCACGAAAGUUAAAAGGAUCGAAAUGGUACACGAAGGAAAUAAGAAGUUUUGCUCUUACGCUUCAUUUCUACUCGCCAAAAGCAUAUCGGUAUAUUCGCGAAACGUGGAGGAAUAUGCUACCACACCCUUCAACGCUUCGCAAAUGGUAUCAAAAUAUUAAUGGCUCUCCGGGAUUCACACAACAAGCACUGGAUGCUAUCGCUCUGCGCGCGAAAGGACCAAAGCCAGUAAUAGUAAAUCUCGUAUUUGAUGAGAUGGCUAUUAGAUAGCAAAAAAUAUACAACCGGAAAGGCUUUGAAGGAUGUGUAGACUUAGGUACGAUGGACUGCCAUACAGAGUGUGACUCGGCUGCUGUGGCGAAUAACGCGCUUGUAAUAUUGACAGUCUCCUUAAACGAGCAUUGGAAAGUUCCAAUCGGCUAUUUUUUGAUCCGGUCACUACGUGGUGAAGAACGUGCUAAUUUGCUGAAGGAAUCUUUAUAUAUGUUAAACAGCGUUGGUGCGAAUGUUUACUCAAUUACAUUUGACGGUGCAACCACAAAUUUAUCUAUGUGUAAAUGCUUAGGAGUAAACUUCAACUACGGUCCAUCAUUUAAACCAUAUUUUGUUAAUCCAGCAACUAAAGAAUUGUGCUACAUUUUCAUUGACUUCUGUCAUAUGAUAAAGUUGGUGAGAAAUUGUUUU